AUGGAGGUUUCGGCUCACAGCCUCUUCCUGCUGCAGCAGCUCAACGUUCAGAGAGAAUUCGGCUUCCUGUGCGACUGCACCGUUGCCAUCGGUAACGUGUACUUUAAAGCCCACCGAGCCGUUCUGGCCGCUUUCUCCAACUACUUCAAGAUGAUCUUCAUCCACCAGUCCAGCGAGUGUAUAAAGAUUCAGCCCACAGACAUCCAGCCGGACGUCUUCAGCUAUCUUCUCCACAUCAUGUACACCGGUUUGUGUCCGAAGCAGCCGGUGGAUCAGAGUCGUCUUCAGGAGGGAAUAAAGUUCCUUCACGCCUACCAGCUGUGCCGAAAACCGGGCGAUGGCGCGGCCGACGCCGCCACCGACGUGGUCCGCAUGUCCAACCUGUACGGCAUCCAGAUCUCCUCCCAGCUGGCCAACAAAGACGCUGCCGGAGUCCCCAAAUCCAGCACGGCGUCACUGGAGGACGGGCGGCGGGGGGGGGCCUCCCUCGCCGUGGGGCUGGACGGCGUCCCGUCCGACCGCCACGCAUCGUCGCUACGCAACGUCUGCUCCGUGGCGUCCGGAGACGACUCGGACAUCUCGAAUCGCAUCAAGCAGGAGCGCGUGGAGGACGAGGAGGACGGGGAGGGAGACCCGGGGGCGGGGGGGGGGUCGCCGUCGCAGGACAGCAGUCCCAGUCUGCUGUUUAAGGAGCGAGUGCCGGUCCUGCUGUGUCCUCGCUGCGGCGAGCGCUGCUCGUCCCCCGAGGGUCUGCGAGAGCAUCUGUUCAGCCACGCCCUCGACCCCACCCGCCUCAUGGGGGGGCUGGACGGCGGCGGGGAGGAGGGGCCGGCGGGGGGGCAGGAGCAGCUGGACGCAGGCUGUCUGGAGGAGGCGCUGCGGCAGAGCCAGGCGCUCGCCAACCAGCUGGCCGCCGAGCUGCGGAGGAGCCGGGGGGGCGGAGGGGGGGGAGGGGGGAGCAGCCCCGCCCCCGCCGGCCUGACCUCACGGAAACGUAAGAUCGCCUGCGCCGUCUGCAGCCUGCGCUUCUCCCAUAAGAGCCAGCUGCAGGAGCACAUGUACACACACACCGGCAAACCGUCCCGCUACCACCGAUACAACCGGCUCUGCAGUCAGCUCUUCCAAGGCUCCGCCCACUGCUGCGACGUCGCCGCGGAGACCGGCGGAGGGGGCGGGGCCUCGGCGGGCGGCGCAGCGCUGCCGGACGACGCCAACAGAGACACGCAGGACAACGGCAGCUCCUGCUACUCGCUGGACUCUGAGAUCUCACAGGAGAGCGUAGACGGCGUCACAGUGGAGUGA